AAGCAGAAACAGCAAACAUGCCAUAUUUACCAAAUAGUAAACCAAGUAAAAACAACAACCAAGGUGACGAAAACUGGGCCAGUAACAUAGAACAAGAAGAAAAACCAGAUGGUAAAGGCAAACAAAAAGCUAUUUCUUCUACAAACAAAAACAACAAG